AUGGGUAGAAUGCACAGCAAGGGCAAGGGCAUCAGCUCCUCUGCUAUCCCCUACUCGCGCACCGCGCCCUCGUGGCUCAAGACCAACCCCGACCAGGUCGUCGACCAGAUCUGCAAGCUGGCCAAGAAGGGUGCCACCCCCUCGCAGAUUGGUGUUGUCCUCCGUGACUCCCAGGGCAUUGCCCAGGUGAAGAUUGUCACCGGAAACAAGAUCCUCCGCAUCCUGAAGUCCAACGGCCUCGCCCCCGAUCUUCCUGAGGAUCUUUACAUGCUCAUCAAGAAGGCCGUCGCCGUCCGCAAGCACCUCGAGCGCAACCGCAAGGACAAGGACUCCAAGUUCCGCCUCAUUCUCAUCGAGUCGCGUGUCCACCGUCUUGCCCGCUACUACAAGACCGUCGGCGUCCUGCCCCCCACCUGGAGGUACGAGAGCGCCACUGCCAGCACCAUCGUCGCUUAA